GCAAACAAAUAGUAUGGUCGCGUCCGUCGACCCUCUGUCACGCGGCGACCUUCUCGCCAGCUUUGGCCAACCGCCUGCUGUCGGCCGCCAAUGCACGCGUAUCCGGACGCCCAUCACUCGUCAGAGCGAAAUGGCCGUUGCGCUGCGGUCGCCCGAGCUCGUGGCGAUCAUCGUCAGCUUCCAAGCCGGCGUCUCAUGGGACCUGCGCCCGCUCUCUCGCUACUACAAGCAGACGCACGCACCUCUUGUCCGGCGCGCGUCGUCGCUGCGGACCACGCGACACAUCAUCAAGGCCGUCGAGAGCUUUGCGCUCUGCUUUGGGCCGUGGCUCGCGGCCAACGGCGCGUCGGGCUUUCGCCGCCUCUUCACCGCGCUCCCGAACCUCGCGCCGCUUUGCUACGCCCACGCCGUCUACUAUGGCCACAUCCCGCUGCUGCAGUACAUGCACGCGCACCACCGGUCGUCCGCGCCAGCCUAUGCCCCAAGCCUCGCGGCGGCGAAUGGCCAAACCACGGUCCUCGUCUAUCUGCAACGAGAGCGCUACGCCGGGUUUGGCGCCAAGACGUUCGAGUGCGCAGCGACGCACGGCGACGUCGGACUGGUCGCCUUCCUCUUGGUGGCCCACCGCGCGAUCGCGCCGCCAGCGUCGACCUUGCUGGCGACGGCGGCGAGUGCAGGGCACCUUGGUCUUGUCGAGCACCUCUGCCUCAACCAUGCGUGUGACGCGCCGCCGUCGCCGGACGCGAUGGACAAUGCAGCGAUCCACGGUCAUCUACCAGUGCUGCAGCUGCUGCACAAGUACAACUUCAAGUGCUCGGGCGACGCGAUCGACGGCGCGGCGGCCAGCAACCACCUCGACGUGCUUUGCUUCCUGCACACGCACUGCAGCGCGCGCGGGAGCGUCCUCGCCCUCGCGGCGGCGGCCAAAAACGGCCAUCUCAACGUCGUGCGCUACCUCGUCGAGUCGGUCGGCGCGCCGUGGGACUCGGACCUCCUCGACACGGCCGUGGUGAGCGGCCACAUCGACGUCGUCACGUACCUCUUUCCGCGCCGCCAUAACAUGCAGCUCGUGGUGUCCACCGACGCCUUUGACGACGCAUGCGGCAAAGGGCAUUUGGACGUCGUCGCAUACUUGCAUUGGCACGUCUCGCCGCGGGAGACGUCGGGCUCGGCGCGCGCCAUGGACACGGCAGCGGCCAACGGCCACUUGGCGGUGGUUGCGUUUCUGGAUACGCACCGGAACGACGGCUGCAGUCCCUUGGCCAUCGACCAAGCGGCGACGAACGGCUAUCUCGACGUCGUCACGUACCUCCACACGUACCGCACCGAGGGGUGCACGACCGAGGCCAUGGACAUGGCGGCCACGAACGGGCAUUUGGAGAUCGUUGAAUAUCUGCACUUGCACCGGAGGGAAGGCUGCAGUACGUGGGCGAUGGACUUUGCCGCCAAGCACGGGCACUUGGCGGUCGUCGCUUUCCUGCAUGAAGCGCGGCGCGAAGGCUGCACCGAGGACGCGCUCAACAUGGCCGCGCAGCACGGGCACUUGGACGUCGUGACGUUUCUCUGCGCCCACCGACGUGAAGGCAACUUGCGAACGGCGCUCGCCAACGCCCGAGGCAACCACCACGACGACGUUGCCCAAUACCUCGACGCACUGCUUUCGAGGGCGUCGCCGCCCACUGUACAGUAGACGAGUCAAUCGCGUGAUUCAAUAGACGUGUUGUCGAGUUAGUCGAAGCCUCGACUACGCUUGAACUCGCGAGUUUCGCGGAACUUUGCGCGCGCUCGCUCUUG